AUGACCACCCAUGUCAGCUGCUGCAAGUGGCACGGCAUCACCUGCGACGCCGAGGGCUUCAUCACGAAGAUCGAGCUGCCCUUCAACAAGCUUGCCGGCCGCACCUCCCUCUCUGGCACCAUCUCCGACGCCAUCGGCAAGCUCGACCAGCUCGACCACUUCUACAUGGAGCACACCGCCGUGCACUUUGGAAAGUGCGUCGGCAUCAGCGGCACCAUCCCGCAGACGAUCGCCGGGCUGACGCGCGUCGACUACAUCGACCUCGAGUCGACCAAGGCUUACCACCCGCAGCCCGCCCCCGCAGCACGAGACCAGCACGAGACAGCGCCCGAGAUGAGCGGGAGAUGA